AGUACUUAAUAAUUUUCCCACUCAGUUUCUGCUCCUCUCUUGGAGCGUUCACUGCACCUGUAUUUCAAUAUUUACCUACUUGGUCGAAAGCGAUGCCAUGUGCAUUUAUCUGUGCAUUCGCUAAUAACUUUUAAACUUCUUAAUGCAUUUCAUUUCAAUGCGCUUUUAGGCAUUAUUUAGAGUGUUUUAUAAUUAUGUGCAUAUUGUAAGUAAUGUCACUUUCCUAUUCUUUAGAAUAGUGACUGCUCCAGCCUCCAGGCGAAUCAUGUAUAGCAAGGCGCUUGUGGUUGUCACAUUGAAUUGGCUAGCUCUAUCAUGGGGGUUCCUACAGGGACAAAUGGCCGGCAUGAUUGCAGCCUUGCAGAAAAAAGAAGACGGAAUAGACCUUAGUGAGGGGCAGAUAGCUUUGUUAGGGGCUUUCUUGAACCUCUUUAAUAUAGUGGGAUAUUUUUUCCUUGCUGUAAUCGGUGAAAAAUUUGGAAGAAGAUGGAGCCUGAUAAUAAUUUCUUUACCACUGUUUAUAAAUUGGAUAGUAUUAUUCUAUGCCAAAACCUUUGUAGCCCUUCUGUUAUCGAGAUUCCUUGCUGGUGUAUCUAAUGGACCGCUGUGGGUGCUGAGUGCGGCUGGCACAUCAGAAUAUAUAUCAUACAAGUCAAGAGCACUGUGUCUCAACAUGGUACUAAUGGUAGUUCCAUCGUUUGGCAUAGGAUUGGGACAUGUUCUUGGAGCACUUUUUCACUGGAGAACCACAGCAUUAAUAGGAAUAGUUCUAACGUCCGUCCACGUUAUAUUGCCUUACUUUUGGGUAGAAAGCCCGCAUUGGUUGGCUUCGAAAGGCAGAUUCGAGGAGUGCGAGCGUAUAUUUAGAAAACUCCACGGAAACAAGAGUAAUAAUGAACGUGAGUUGCUAUUGUUAAUAAAACUAGAGACCAAAAAGCAGAAAGCAGCCAAUGAAAUGAAUACAAAUAACACUUGCAGGAUACUUUUGCAGCUGUUCAAGAAAAAAUAUUUCUGGCAUUUGAUGGUAAUGAGUGGAGUGAUCUUCGCAUACUACGCUGCAGCAGGGAGAGUGGUAUUCACCAAUUUGGCAACUGUAAUUCUGGAAGAAAUGACAGGCACGUCUGAUGUUCUGCUUUACACGUUGGUAGUGGACGGUUUUAUUUUUGUAGGAACGUGUAUUGCAUGCUUUUUAAUUAAGAAGAUGUCUAUUCGCGCUUUGCUGUUCUCGUCAGGGUUGGCGGCUAACGGGAUAUUGAUAGCUUUGAGUGUGAGUCUCUAUUUUAAAAAUAACGAAGUUUAUUUCCAAUGGAUAAACGUGUUACUGCUCGCAAUAUAUUUUAUUGUCAUUAAUGCUGGUCCAUACCCCAUCCUGGACGUUUUGAUGGGUGAAAUUUUUCCAUUAGAAAUAAAAUUGUACUGUUUUUUUUUAUCAGCACCAUUAUUACUCGGCACAGUUUUUCUAUGUUUGCUAACAUUACCUUACAUAGUCAGCGUUAUGGGGUAUCACGGGUUGUUUUUAUUAAAUACAGGCAUUAUGUUCGUCUGUCUCGCGUACCUCUACGCGCGACUGCCGGAAACAAAAGGGAAGACACUACAAGAGAUCGAAGUAUACUUUAAGACAAAUAGUUUCGACGUCGAUCAAGUACUGAAUCCUAGUGAACAAAUAAAGACUCUUAUUUAGAUUCUA